AAUGAGUCUGGAGCCAACCAAAUCCGCCACUGGAGGUACUACUCUCGGAGGUGCUACCCCAAAAACUGGUAGCAAGAUCAAAAAAGGUGUAUCGAAAUUGGACAGCCUGCAGUCAGAAACAGCACACAUGAAGAAGCUUCCAAAGAAAUUGGUCGAUGGUGUGUCAAAUAAAAUUGAAACAUCUCCGAGCUUACAACCCAACACUGAACCACCAUCUCCGCAGAGCAAACCCGAAACCACAAGUGGAGAUGUUCCAAAUGAUGGCAACAACAACAGCUCAUCGUAUGCUUUCACCCGACUCGACGUUCCCAACGGGUUCUUGCCACCAGCGUUCAAGGACUGUCUUUUGAGCAACGUCCUCCGCUCGGGACGAAGAUCUCUUGACCACUUGAAAGAAGUCAGGGAGUCACUGUCCAACCUGGUCGCUGAAGAUGAACAAUUGUCCAAAGGCAUCAAAAAAGUAAAUCCUUCCUCCGAAAUCAUCCAACUUUCUGAGCUCACACUGUGCUUGACAGUUCUCACUCGAGAAGCUUUUGUUCCAACGCAUCGUCUCAACCAAACAGCAAUAGCUCUGUACAGCGCUGAGGACUUUUUGCGUUAUCCCAAAGACAUCCGAGCAUUCGACACAAUCACGCGAGGACGCAUAAAAGUACCGGAUCCAGCAUUUAAUGCUGACACUGUUCAGAAAUUUCGCGUAGUCGUCGACAAAGCUACAGAAUAUUACAACAAGGUCAACCUCAAGGGACCUACUGGAGAACAACUUCAGGAUAUUAUGUUCACUUUGAUGCGAGCUUUUCAGGACCUCUACACCCUCAUGUUGGGAUGUCAAGAGGUGUUCAAAGUUCUUCUGUACACUUCAUCUCGAGAGAAGCUGAACCUUCAGCAGUUUUUACUCACCCUUCAAUCCAUGGAAAGGUCAGACAUGCUGACAGAAGUUCAAGACUUACGAAGACUAAUUGAUGAGCUGGUCAUCUUCCUUGAGAAACUGAGUUGGGGCUGUUUUGUGGUAUAUCGUCUCGCAAGUGGAAAAACUAUUGCUCCAGCCAAACCAAAUGAGGAAAGGGAAGGACAGAUGUUGGAAGGGGCUGACAAUGGACAACAACCGGAUGCGGAUGUCUUACCGGAUUUUCAUCUCUUGCAGCAACUACGAAUACACAAACCGAAAGGAAAACUUGUCCCCAAGAGGAUUAUACCAAAGAAGAAGGAUGAUGAAGAGAAAUUAGAGAAAACUGCAGAAGGGGAGAAAGGAAAACGAAUAAUAGAUAGAAAAAGCAACCUCAAAGUGAAACGUUCCGGUUCGAGUGAUGGACCCACCAGUUUACCUAUCGCAACGAACGACACCAAGUCCAAGAAACCAAAAACCAGGGUCAAAUUCCUAAAUAGCAAAGUCGAUACCAACCCAAUGUAAAUUAUAAUUUUACUUUUACAUCACAAAAUACAUCCAUUGCAUUGUAAUGCAAAUAUUUCAAAAUUACUAACUGACUGUAUAAUAAUAAAAAAUAUUCAC